UCCGCUCCGGCCAAUAGCCAUUGUGGAAAAUGUCCCUCCCAUAACUACUUAUAGCUCUUUGCUAUAAUGUUUGUAGUGUUAAAUUAAGUCUAUUGUUCUUUUUAAGGAUAUAGCUUACCUAGCUUUAUGUAUAAGUAUGUCGUCGGGCGUCAUGCUCAAGAAUUUACAUAAACUUAAUAGAUGCAUGUUAAUAGCUUCGCGAAGACCGUUAAUAACCUUGUAUCACACAGAAAGAGGCGUUUAUGGAUACAGACCGCGGCGAGGAACUUUGGACGGCGACACAGAGCUUUCGCUACAGAAUAUCUCCUUACUGAAUCAAGACCAUGGACUGGCUCGACUGGCGGAGGCCUAUCGCACACAUGGACACAAGGCUGCUAAAAUUAACCCGUUACUCCCCUACACGCCUGUUAUGGAGAAGGUACCAGAAAUCACCCUGCUGAAUGGCACACUGCAAGGACUCCUGAAUACCUCUGCUUUGAGGCACUUUGGGAAAGCAGAAGCCAGCCCAGAGGAAGUAGUAGCGUACCUGGAGAGCACUUACUGUGGGACAAUCUCUGUGGAGACCAGCCACCUGCAGAGUCUGCAAGAGAGAGUGUGGUUUGCAGACCGCUUUGAGGAGCUGAAGAAGGAGACAUUCUCCAGCAAGGACAGGAGACAGCUGGCCAAACUCAUGCUUGAAUCGCAGGAGUUUGACCACUUCCUAGGCACCAAAUUUGCCACUGUGAAGCGCUAUGGAGGUGAAGGGGCAGAGAGCAUGAUGGGAUUUUUCUUUGAGCUGUUUCGUUCAGUGGCGAGUGACGGUGUGACAGACGUGGUUAUGGGAAUGCCUCACCGUGGGAGACUCAACCUGCUCACUGGACUUCUGUGUUUCCCACCUGAGUUAAUGUUUCGUAAGAUGAGGGGCCUGAGCGAGUUCCCGGGGGAGUCGUCCUCCAUCGGGGACGUGCUCUCACACCUGACUUCAUCUGUGGAGCUGGACAUGGGAGUUGGGCACCCACUUCAUGUCACCAUGCUGCCUAACCCCUCCCACCUGGAGGCCAUCAACCCUGUGGCGCAGGGCAAGACACGUGGGCGGCAACAGGUGAAAAGGGAUGGAGACUAUUCCAGUGACAGCCAUGCCCGGCCUGGAGACAAAGUCAUCUGUGUACAGGUUCAUGGUGAUGCAUCAUUCUCAGGCCAGGGAAUUGUACCAGAGACCUUCACCCUGUCAAACUUACCUCACUUUAGAGUGGGUGGAAGCAUCCACCUUAUUGUGAACAAUCAAGUGGGCUAUACCACUCCUUCUGAGAGGGGUCGUUCAUCCUUGUACUGCAGUGAUGUUGGGAAGAUGGUGGGUUGUGCUGUGAUCCACGUGAACGGGGAUGAUGCAGAGGAGGUUCUCCGAGCGACAAGGCUGGCUGUGGAGUACCAGAGACAUUUCAGGAAGGAUGUUAUAGUGGACCUUCUCUGCUACCGCCAGUGGGGGCACAAUGAACUGGACGAGCCCUUCUUCACAAACCCAGCCAUGUACAAACUCAUCCGCUCGAGGAAGAGCAUCCCUGAUUCAUACACUGACCUGUUGAUCUCGGAGGGCCUCAUGACUGAAGAGGAGCGCACUCAGAUCAAGAUGGCUUACAACACGAUGCUCAAUGACCGCCUUGCCAACAUGACUUUCUUCAGUCCUCCACCCACCAACCUUCAGGGCCGCUGGGGAGGUCUCGUAGAGCCCCAGAACAGAGUUUCCUCAUGGGACACUGGUGUGGCUGUUCCCCUGCUACAGUUUGUGGGAGGCAAGUCAGUGGAUAUACCUGAGGAGAUCCAGGUGCAUAGUCACCUAAGGAAGACCCAUGUGCAGUCCAGACUACAGAAACUUGCCGAAGGAACAAAGCUAGACUGGUCCUGUGCUGAGGCCCUGGCUUUUGGCACGCUUCUCUGCCAGGGCUUCAGUGUGCGGCUCAGUGGUCAGGACGUGGGUCGUGGCACCUUCAGCCAGAGACAUGCCAUGGUCGUGUGCCAGGAGUCCAACGACAUGUACAUCCCCCUCAAUCACAUCAGUGCUCAACAGGAAGGCUUUCUGGAGGUGUGUAACAGUGCACUGUCUGAGGAGGCAGUGUUGGGUUUUGAGUAUGGGAUGAGUAUUGCACAGCCAAAACUUCUACCAAUCUGGGAGGCCCAGUUUGGAGAUUUCUUCAACGGAGCUCAAAUCAUCUUUGACACCUUUGUCUCUGGAGGUGAGGCUAAGUGGCUUCUGCAGAGUGGCAUGGUGGUCCUGCUUCCUCAUGGAUAUGAUGGCGCAGGACCCGAGCACUCAUCCUGUCGCAUCGAGCGCUUCCUUCAGAUGUGUGACAGCAAGGAGGAAGGUGUGGACGGUGACACAGUCAACAUGGGGGUGGUGAAUCCCACAACACCAGCUCAGUACUUCCACCUGCUGAGGAGACAAAUGAUCCGUAACUUCCGCAAGCCUCUCAUCGUGGCUGCACCAAAAACACUGCUACGUUUUCCUGGGGCAGUAUCAAGCCUAGAAGAGAUGGGCCCUGGCACUUCCUUCAAGCCUGUAAUUGGUGACAAAUCUGUAAAUCCUCAGAGUGUGCAGAGAGUGCUGCUUUGCUCAGGAAAGCACUAUUACGCCCUCCUGAAGCUGAGGGAGACCCUGCCGGAGGUGUGUGAGACCACAGCGCUGAUCAGAGUGGAGGAGCUGUGUCCCUUCCCCACAGAGGCCCUGCAGCUGGAGCUAGGCAAAUACACCAGCGCUAGAGAGUUUAUCUGGAGCCAGGAAGAGCCGCAAAACAUGGGAUGUUGGUCUUUUGUGUCUCCCAGAUUUGAAAAGCAGCUGACCUGUAAGCUGCGAGUGAUCAGUCGACCUGCUCUUCCAGCUCCAGCUGUGGGGAUCGGAACCCUCCAUAAUCAACAGCAUGAAACCAUACUUGCAGCUUCCUUCUCCUGAGGCAAUACCCCAACACACAAAGCACUAACCCAUUGCAACUCUGCUGAACACACAGCAUGUUCCAGCUGUGUUCAUCAUUCUGCAUUUCAUGGUCAAGCUUUUUAGGACCCUUUCUCACGACAUGAUUUGUCAGAUUUUACUAAAUGCCCAAGACUUCAGGAUUGUUUAAGUAUGCUCUGUAUGUUCUAAUGUAGUCAGGUCAUUCUAAUUUCUAGAAAGGUGGUGUAGAGAGAAAGGUGGGGGGGUGGUGAGGUGGGGGUCAACUCAUACAGGGAAAGAUAUUUAUGAUGUUAUGUGCUUGGGAUAUGCAUGCAUGGAAGAAGGAAAUGUAAAUAACUAUAAAGUUUACAAAAUGAAGUUUAGAAUGAGGUGUUAACCUCCUACAUUUUUUUCCCAGUCUGAAUUUACAUGGACAAAUUGUGAUGAUCAAACUCAGUACUCAACUCAGUGGUUGCAUACAGUAUGCUUAUAUAUUUAUACUUAGCUAAGAUGAAUGGAGCUCUGUGGUCAAAGUGUGAAUACAAGGGCUACAGGAGGCCAUUCCGUUGACCCGUUAGGACAAGAUCUCAUCCUCUCCAGAGGGCUUGAACACCCAUUUAUGAGAAUGAAGGACAAAAAUCUUAAAGCAUCAGUUAAUCACUAAUGACUAAUUUAUUGCAGAGCAAACUGAAAUCUCCAGUAGAGUUUUUAAUCUCAGGUAACUUUGAACACCAGUAUGAUCUUCAGGUAAAUCCUGUCGUCCCAUGAAACUGCUUAGUAGUAUAAAACUAGACUUGAUGUCUGAAAUUUCAUUCUCUCUUCCAGUCUUCAUUUCAACUGGAAAUUGAUUACAUGAAGGCCUAAUUCAGCAUCUUGUAUCUUGUCAUUUUACGAUGACUUUUAAAGACAUGAGUUGUUAGGGGAGCAAAUAAACAUGGUUUUUAUGUGA